AUGGCUACAAUUCUCAAGCUUGUUUUUGUUAUGAUUCUGAUUCUUCCCUUAUUUCUUGUUGCACUUGAAGAUGGUGGUAAUAAAAGAAAUUCUAGGAGGAUGAUGCAUUCGAGUAGUCUUAAAGAUAAGAGUGACAAACAAGAGAAUAAUAGAGGACAAGAACAUCCAAUGGACCAUAAAUUUAAGGGGGGAAGCGAUGGUUAUAAAAGAGAGAAAAAAUGCUUUCGAUGCGGAGAUCCUGGGCAUAAUGCGUUCGAUUGCACUUCUGGCAAAAAGUUGUGUUUCAAUUGUAAGAAUCCAGGACAUUUUGCCAUAGAAUGCGAACAAGUGAAAGAGGAACCUUAA